AUUGUUGUCACUGGAGACAACUUUUGACCGAAGUGUGUUUUAACAUUAUUCAAUAAAUUUAUGUUGUGUGGAAAUUAUUCAAAACGCAUGUUAACGAACCAUGUAACAGGAUAUGAUCUACAUAGCUGCAGCAGCCUGUAGUGCUGAAUGGCAUAGCUCCAGCCAGAACUAUGGAGAAGUAUGAAAACCUGGGGCUUGUUGGCGAGGGUAGCUAUGGCAUGGUGCUCAAGUGUCGACACAAGGAAACGGGCCAGAUAGUUGCAAUAAAAAAGUUCUUAGAGUCAGAGGACGACAAGAUGGUAAAGAAAAUAGCUCUCCGCGAAGUUAAAAUGUUGAAACAACUUCGACAUGACCAUCUUGUCAAUCUGAUAGAAGUUUUCCGCAGAAAGAAACGACUGUAUCUUGUGUUUGAGUUUGUGGACCACACUGUGCUAGACGAACUAGAAAAGUGUCCUAAUGGACUUGACGAAAAUACGUGUAGGAAAAUAUUGUGGCAAGUUCUCAAAGGAAUAGAAUUCUGUCACCUACACAACAUUAUUCAUAGAGAUAUCAAACCUGAAAACAUUUUAGUGAGUAAGUCGGGAAUUGUUAAAUUGUGUGACUUUGGUUUUGCUCGAACUUUGGCUCAGCCUGGAGAAACAUACACAGAUUAUGUUGCCACACGAUGGUACCGUGCACCUGAACUGUUGGUAGGAGAUACAAAGUAUGGCAGAGCUGUAGAUAUUUGGGCUAUUGGAUGUUUGCUGUCUGAAAUGCUGACCGGUGAGCCUCUGUUUCCCGGUGACUCCGAUAUCGACCAGCUCUAUCACAUAGUCAAAUGUUUUGGUAAUUUGACUCCGCGUCACCGAGAGGUAUUUUUACGCAAUCCCCUGUUUGUUGGCAUGAGAUUACCAGAAGUGAGAGAAAUUAUCCCACUUGAAAAGAAAUUUCACAGAAUAUCAAAUUGGUCACUAGACCUAAUGAAGCAAUGCCUGCGACUGGACCCUGACCUGAGACCGACCUGCUCAGAGCUGGUGCUGCAUGAGUUCUUCACGCGUGAGGGGUUCUCGACGCGGUUCAGCCACGACCUGAAGCAGAAGCUUCACAAAGAGUACCACGACAGCCCGCUGGUGAAGAACAGCAGCCAGUGGGAGAACACGAUCACGGAGAACGAGUCGAAGGCCAACAUGAAGAAGAAGAAGAAAGUCGAAUCGAAGGAGGUAAAGGAGAAGGAGAAAAAGUCCAUAAAGGAAUUGAAAGACAACAGCCAGGAGAAGCUGGUGAAAAAGAAACCGUUGGACACAGACAAAUCUCAGAAGAAGACUCCGACCAUCUCAAACAGCCAGUCGGUGACAUUCCCUCCAGCAGGGGGCGCUGCCAGUAAGCUGGUUGUCGUGCCGACUCAUGCGACUGAUGACUCCGAGGACACUGAUGACAAGGAGAAGGAGACACAGGAGAAGGAGCCGGAGGAGAAGGAGAUGGUGACCAACAGCAGCAGCAUCCCGCCCAUCAAUGCCAGCGGGCAGACCGUGGCCACCAGUGUCUCGCUCAUCAACACUUGCAGUCAGGCCGCGUCCUCAACCAGUCUCGCCAUGCCGUCCGUUGGCAGCCCCCAUAUUAUGACCACUGGUACUCCAAAUUAUGCGACUGUAAACAACCUAACCUUGUCGAGCCCAACAUUACUAGCCUCGUCCUACUCUGGUCCGCCCCCUCUGAGGGUGAAUGAUAAGGUUGUGAAGAAGACGACCACCACGUUCCCGAAGAAAGCGGCAUCGACGAACCACCACAGCCUGACGAUCAGCCCGCAGCCGCUGCAGUCGGAGAAGAGCUCCAUGCAUGAGAAGACUCUCAACCCGGCCAGGCAGAAAAACGCCGACAAGAAAGAGGAGAAACCAGCACUGAGUUUCCCCGAAGUGAAGGGAGCAGAAGGUUAUCCUGGAAAGACGAGAGAAAAACCUGGAGCUAAGAAAUCGAACAUUGCCACAAUACCUCACAUCACCAAUAUAGAUCCAUUCAUGUCUAACAGUCAGCAAGAUGCUUUCUCUAUGGACCGCGAUGGCCUCCCAAAUGUCUGACAUCAGAAUGAGUGAUCAGUGUUCAGCAGGUGUUCGUGGACUCGCUGUGUGAAAGCAAGAGAGAGAAACGAGGGCUCUGUUCUAUGGGGUUGCCUCAUCUGUAUGUCAUCUUCAUGCCAAACAAGACAAAUCUGUCCAUCCAUCUGUCCGUCCGUCCAUCCAUCCGUCUGUCAGUGAUCAGUGUUUUAUGUUUUGGAAAAGAGAGAGGAGCUGGUUUUAUGUAGACGUGUUCAUACAAGAAGAUGUUUGCAACAAACAACACAUGUUUGUCUUCAGUGUAUUUUAUUGUGUGUACCAGUAUCUACAUUUAAGAGUGUCUUCUGUGCAUGUGCAUAUUUAUUUGGAGAGUAAAAUUCUUGAAAUGGAGAAGUUGCUCAACUGUAUCAGUACAAGUAUCAGUAUUAAGGAAUCAGUAUUCAUAGUAAUUCGAGCCAGUAUCAGUUUGAUCGUAGUUUUGGUAGAAUAAAUGCUUUUAAUUUGAUGGUAGAGACUGAGAGAAAGGUGGUUUGACAAAAAUACUAGUUAACGAGUGCGUUAAUUAACCUGAUUAGUAUGGUAUACAAUUUUCUAACCUUGAAUAGGUACUACUGUUUGUAAUAGGAUUGCUUUGGAUGGUGAAUGUAAAUGUGGGUUUGUGCAGGUGUCGGUAAAAAAAAUCUGGCAUCAGAUUAAAAGUGGUGUUAACAAACUUGGUACAAAUAAAGUCAUACAACAUUAAUAUGACAGUGUGGUAUUGCAGUAUUCCAUGGACAUCAUAGUUGACCAGUUACGUCUAGUAUGAUCUUUAUCACAUGCUAUGAGAAAAUGGAAGUUCUGAGGAAACAUGGUCCUGUAAAAACAUUAUGUCAUACUACUUGUUGAAACUUAAAAUGUUCUGCUUAAAGAGAGAGAGUAUCUUUAACAUGCCCAUAUAUGCCACUAAGGUUUCAGGCAUGUCUGUCGCAGGCCAAAUCUCUGGAUAGCCAGUAACUUGGUCCAGGACAGAAAGUCUUUAAAGUCUUCAUUUCUAUACAUCCUGUGUCUUUUUGGGCGGUUCCAACAUUGGCAGAUGUUCAAGGCAGUGUUUUGAUGUCGCCAUUUGGCACACACUACCAUUUUGAUGACACAGCAUGUUUUAUGAGUACCUUUAUGCAAACAUAUUUUAUUGUACAAAGAACAAAAGAAUUGGGCACAAGUUUGACAACUUACGAGGCCCUCUUCUGAAUACUUCCUGUUGAAAUUCCACCAUGUGUGAUAAUUGAUUGAACUCUGAUUGAUCAUGAACAUAAGCAUUUACAAUGUAAGAGGACAAUGUAGCUUUGAUACAAACAUACUUAACAAAUGGUAUGACAUGAAUAUUAACUUACUUUAUGACGUUUGACAGUAAUAAUUAAAAGUAAUAUUUAUAGUACCAUAUGAUAACCAAUUAUUGUUUAUGAAGUAUAUUUUCUCUCUGAAUGUGUGAUACUAUAUUAUAACAUUUGGUAUGAUAUGUAGUUAAAUGAACUGGUGACAUAAAUGUAGUUUCACAUAUAUAAUAGAUUGGGGUUUUUUUUCUCCACAUACACUGUAUUUAAUUAUCAAAGAGAAUGAAGUCAUUUGUUAUAAAGCUGUGAAGAUAAGACAAUAUCGUAUCAUGAUACGAGGUCCACGAUAAGACGAUAUCGUAUCACGAUACGAGGUCCACGAUAAGACUAUAUCGUAUCACGAUACCAGGUCCACGAUAAGACGAUAUCGUAUCACGAUACCAGGUCCAAGAUAAGACGAUAUCGUAUCAUGAUACCAGGUCCACGAUAAGACGAUAUCGUAUCAUGAUACCAGGUCCACGAUAAGACGAUAUCGUAUCACGAUACCAGGUCCAAGAUAAGACGAUAUCGUAUCAUGAUACCAGGUCCACGAUAAGACUAUAUCGUAUCACGAUACCAGGUCCACGAUAAGACGAUAUCGUAUCACGAUACCAGGUCCAAGAUAAGACGAUAUUCUAUCAUGAUAUGAGGUCCAAGAUAAGACGAUGUCCUAUCAUGAUACGAGGUCCACGAUAAGACGAUAUCCUAUCAUGAUACGAGGUCCAAGAUAAGACUAUAUGGUAUCAUUAUAUGAGGUCCAUGAUACAAUGCAUUGAUUUGAGGCUGCUGUAUUGUGAUACAUACGACACGUACACAUGUUAGAGUCACUAACCUUAGUUCCAAAGAUACAUAUCUUUUUUGUUGUGCCCAAAAUAUAGUAUGACCUGCCACAAACACCAGGAUGUCCAGACAUACUCUGGAUUUUAUAAAUGUAUAACUUAAGAUAGACUUUAUAAGUAAUGUAUAGUACUUGGUUAUUAGCAUACUAAGAGAAAGUAGUCAUUUUUGUAUUACCAUUAUUAAGGUAGGGUGGUUUCUUUUAUGUUGAAUGUAAUUUAAGUUCAUGAAAGAUCCAAUUAAACUAUUGUCAUUGGCUAUUGGAUGUCAUGAGUAUAACACAAUGUAGGAUAAAUAAUUAAACUGUCCACACGAAACUGCCAAAUAAAAUUUAUCUUGAAUUAAGUCGAAAUUUUAUAACAGUUGUUUUCAAAAUUUAUUUUCUUCUUCUUCUUAUUAUUAUUUUAUAUUAAUGCUUAUUGGAAAGUUUAUGUUUCAUGAGCCAUUAUUUUGUUUGUCUGAAACCAUCUGAAUUUGACUACACAAAUUCAAACCAAAAUAUCUAAGAUGCAUGUAUUAUGUUUUUGGUCCAGCUUGGACCAUGUGGAUGUUUUAGUGUGAAGUAUGUGUUGUAUUGCUAUUAUUUUUCUCAAACCACUUGAUAAAGUCAGUGAUCCCAAUAGGAAUCAACAUAAAAAUAAUAUCUUUGUACUCCGAGUUGUAUUUAAUCAUUAGUUAUGGCCUGAACACUACCUUGGUGUUUGUUCACACAAUUUAAAUUUUUUAUUUUUUUUAUUUUUUUUUCUAAUUUCUCUAUUGAUGUGUACACCUGUAGUUAGAUAACUGUUUUUACUAAAGACGGAAUCUCACCUGUGAUUGGUUGUUAUAUAUGUAUUGCGAUGUUUGAUUGGUUGUGAUAUAUGUAUUGCGAUGUUUGAUUGAGUGUUAAAUAUUUAUUGCAAUGUUUUCUCAUGCAUGGUAUUUGUACACAUAUUUCCCACUAUACGUUGAUAUUUGUAUAAUAAAUUAUGUUUUUCUUCUGAAAAGAAAUUUUAGUGUAUCGCAGAUGUGUUUUUACAAUUGUUUAUUAUAUACCUAAAUCCUUGACUGCUCAAAAUCUGUUAGUAUAUUGUUUCUGCUAAAUACAUUUUUACAAAUUUAAAAAUAACUUUCAUGAAAUUAUUUCAAAUGUUUUUUUUAAAGCCUCAACAGAAAAUGAUCACUUUAUAAAAAACAAAAAAUGUUU